CACUACCAGCAAAGUGAAAUGUUUAUGUACAUGAACCAUACCUUCUGCUAAAACAAUAUCCAUUUGAAUUAGCUUGUUGGGCUAAGGUCAUCUAUUGAAAGAAAAAUCUUUUGUUCUAUAGCUUUUUAAUUUUCAUGAUUUCCUAUUAUUUUCUGCUCAAAAUUUGCAUAUGCUUUUCUUAUGAAUUAUUUAUUUUUCAUUUACAUAUAACCCUUAAAGAAACCUCAAAAUUAAACAUUUUAAAUAUGUAAAAUUAAAUUAAUAUAUAUACCAUAUUACUUAAGAUUUUAUAUUUUCAAAACUUAUCAACAUAUUACAAGUUAUAAAAAUGCAAGAUCGCCAACGAAAAUCAUGUUAUUGGUUCAUACGCAAUUUAUUUCAACCUAUUGCUUGUCGGACCCAAAUAGUUAAUCGGACUUUAGCAACUAGACAAUGAUAAGUAGUAAGAAGGUUUGAGACAUGCAGACGAGAGCGAUUAAAACCGCAACCAUCUUCAUGAAUUUGGCGGCCGCCUGCCUUCUGAUUGUCCUUGGCAUAAUCACGAUGUCUAUGGCGUUCAGAACACGCUCGUGCUGUGUUGGUGGGUUUCUGCUAGUGGUUGCAGGUUUGGGUCUCUCCUACUUCUAUGCAGCUCCUGUCAGAAAGGCAUUCAAGAUGGUGGGAUUUGAUCUCACAGGUACAGCUGCCACAGACAGCACACCCUUCAGGUUUAGGACGGUGACUUUACCACCUGGACAGUGACUUUAGCCCACAAAACUCGGUGUUGUGACAUGGAUGUCAGAGUGUGUAGUCAAAGCUGUCCAAUCAUCAAGUGUUCCAGGCAUUUUAGCUGCACUUGGUUUAGCUUACAACACCAUUCUUAUUGAACUCACCAGAAGUUGGUAUUGAAACCAUUUUGCAACUAGAGAAUCAGACAAUCUUGUAAACAAAAUUUGAUGAGGCCAUGAGAGGGUGUUUUGUUAAAAGAUAAACUAUGGGGAUAGAAAUAGAGAAGUGAGGAACAUGAAUGUCUAACUUAACAAUAAUAACUCUCAAGUAAGUUAGCUCCACAAGCAUCACUCUCUUAUCUCUCUCUCCGCCCUUCAUCUUCAAGAUUAUUAUCACUUGAUCACCCUUCGAUCUCCCUCUACACCUCGUCCUCAACCGUCCGAUCACUCUCCAUCUCCUCUCCUCGAGUCACUCUAAGCGCCACCGCCCCAUCCUCGCCGGAGAAACAGAGCAAUCCUCAAAAGAAUAGAAAAACUAUUCACUAGUUCUCAUCAUGGCUGAGGACAAAAGAUCUUUCUUCUUUGCUGACAUACUACGAAGUUCGAACUCUUAGUUCGCAGUUUCUUCUGACUCAAGGAAUCAACCCAUGGAACACUAUUUCAAUUCUUUCUCAUGAACAAGAUGUGCCGUAGAGAAUAAGAUCAGCCAACAGAGUUUCUUUCUCUAUUUUCCUCUAAUAACAACAGAGAAGAGAGAAGAGAACCUAAACUCCCCAAACAAGAAAAACCACAAAAUGUCCUUAAUCCAAGAGCAAAGAAGAGGGACAUAGAAGAGGAAGGAAUGGCUGUUAAGUAAAUUUCAUGGAGAGUACAAGAUAGAGAGGGCUGUCUGAGGACUGUACGUUUGUGUGGUAAUGGUUUGGUUUGAAGAUUUUAGAAGGGUCCAUGUGGAUCAGACACAUCUUUAGGGCAAAACAAAUAAUUCCAAAAUGAAGUAGACACAUCUUUUCACCAUAUACGUAAGUUUAUAAACCCUUUUAUACACACUUCCAAAAAAAAAUAUAUAUAUAGGAAUUGGUAAUCUUCCAUUUUUAAUAUAAAUAACAAAAAAGAAGGAAAGAGCUUAAUUAAUCAAUUUUACAAAUUUGCCAAUUUGCCAAAAUAGCUUGUUACACAGCCCUACUUACCUUGUUACACAAGGUCGUACAAAAAAAACCUAGCUUCUUUCUCCAAAACCACCUUACAAUUAAUUACACCGCUUCUCACGGAGUUGCAUGCAGCUGGCGUAUCAAUGUCUAUGCAAGGCCCUAUAGUCCCCACAGACAGUAACACAAGCAUCUCUUACUUUUUGCAAGUAUAAUCUGAAUCUCUAUGUCUUAUUGAAUGUGUGGAUUCUCUCUGGCAGUAUUACUUGGAGAAGAAAUCACCAAAAGUGAAGGCGAAGUUAAAGAUCGAUGUUAAAAGCAGAGAAAGAAGCGAGGAAGAAGCAGAAGAUGCAGGCGUUUCAACAGGCUAAACAAAGGCCAGCAAGAACUCCAAGAGUCGCAACAUAUUUUAUUCUGGAUUCAGAUUGUAUAAAUAUACUUUUUUCAGAUAAGGAACGAUUAAGAAACUUAACUGCCUCAGAAUUGGAUUAGAGGUUGAUCACUUGUAGCCAGAUUCGAUACCAGUAGUUAGCUGAGCACAUUUAUCUGGAACCGAGGAACCGAACCGGAAAAAUUGAAACAUAGCACCAAAAACUGACACGAUUAGUUUUUUUUUUAAUGUAAUGUUUAACUAAUUAAAAGACAGAUUAGCUUCAAAAGUCAAUUGUAGGUGUUAACGCAGGAACCGUUCAAACCAAAAUGUGUUUGUUAUGCUUCUCUUGAUGCUAGAAACAUGGCACCAACUCCCUCUCUUUGUCUCUUCUAUCAUUUCCUUUUGACCCUCUGAAUGCUUUUUACUUCAACAACAUAUAGACAUGAAGGAAUCAUUAAGAAUCAGAUUUGGUUUCUCAUUCUUAUUCUUCAUCCUCAUCAUCUUGAUCAUCUCAUGGGGGAUUUCACCAGUAUCUUCAGAUGAGGGUGUCGCCAGGAAAGAAGAGAAUCCGUCGCUUUUAAAGAUCAUAUGUGGGAUUUGUGGCGCAAUGCAGAAGAUCCAGAUGAAGCUUUACCCUCCAAAUCUUGAUUUUAGAAGCAACAGCGACAAAAACAACAAGGACGGAGGAGAAGAGAAAGGAGAGAAAGUGAAAGAGGCGGCGACAAGGAGCCUUGAAGUAAGCAAAGAAGCUAUUGAAGACUCUGCAAAACUAGCAGGUGGUGUUGUAGGAGAAAUAGUUCACAAAACAGCUGAGAAAGUCACCAAACAAACCUCACAUGAUGAAAUGUAAUCACCUCAUAAUGUUAGUAAACAAUUCAGAUCCAAAUACCAUUUGCCAUUUCAAAAGGAACCAAUCAUAGCGUUAAAAAACUUUGGUACACUGUGAAGUACAUGAAAUACCUAGAACAGAGACGAUAUAAAAAGCUUGAAUGCUCAAAACUUUUCCUCAAAAAUAUUUUUACUAAGAAUCGUUUAAACAGACUCAACAACUCUGUCUAAUCAGAUUUCUGUGACUACACACAACCGUGUAUCACGAUUGACCAAUUUCUAGCUACCCAAACGUGAGAACUACAACCUCUUACAGUUCUCUCGUUUAUCACUCUUUCUCUCAAAACUCUAAUGCCUUGAUAUUUUUUCUUAGAAAGUGUACUUCUUUCUUAGGUUCCAUCCUCCUUAUAUACCACUGCGUGUAAAAAUUCUUCAUAAUCUUCUUUCCAUAUCUUUCUCUUGUUUCCAUAACCGUGAUCUAGUAUCAUCCAAGUCACUAAACCAGCUAUCACAUCAGUUGAUACUCUGAACCGGAACCAGCUUGAACCGGCUUCAAUCAUCACUCGAAAUCUUGAUUCAACAGUACAAAGAUUAAUAAACCUGAAUCAGCAACCACCAAAGACUCGAACUUGGGCCACAUAAUGGCGCCAAGAUCUGCCCUUUCACGUUCCCUUCCUACACUUCCUUCAUUCUCACACUGUUCAAUCAAAUCCCCAGCGUGCCGGUUCCAAUCCAAACCCAGAAGAAACAGAGCUUCCGGAGACACUCUAGCAACCUCUGAUUCCUCAAAAGUUAAAAAAGACUUUAUUAGGGAUAUAUAUCACAUUGGAAAUUACGAGGGACAUUAACUAAUAUAUAAAAGUUUAGGAUCAAUCCACUAGUCACCGAUUAGUUUUAAGUUGGAAGACCAUAAUAAACUCGAAUCUAAUAGACUUUUUAUGAUUCAAUCACCACACGCCGAUACUAAUCAAAAUCCCCGGAAAUCAAUACUAAAAAGUUACUGAAAUCGAUCGAGAGAAGCAUCAGAGAUCGGAGAUCCAUAGACGCACCAAUGGAUUCCUUCGAAAUUACUAAAAGAUAAAAGUGUCUCUGAGGUUUUGGCGGGAGAAGAACAAAUGAAACGACGACUCCCUUUUCUGUUUAACUUGCUAAAAUGUAGAAGAUGACAUCGGUUCGGUUCUAUUUACCGGGUUAUAACAAACCGGAUCCUAAUCAAACCAGUUAAACCAAAUCCGUUAGUUAUGUUAUUGUUAACCGUAAUCGUUGACCUCGCUGGCGCGUAAAAGUUGUUACCGCAGACAUGCUUUUCAACCGAGGUAAAAUUUUGUCAUCUGGUUUUAUAUUCCACACACGCGUAGUAUUUAUGCUAAAUUACAUUAAAUUAAUAUUGGUUUACUCUUUUAAGCUAACAAAUGUUUAAAUCAAUGAAAAUAUUAAUCGUAAACCUCAUCAACUAAUUAAUAAGAUUAUUCACAAACUCUAAUAGAUUAAUCUGAGUUUCAGUCCAAACUUCCUUGUUAAUAUACAUAUACUUCCCAAGUGAAAAUCGAGUUCAUAUUUUAAGCAAUCGAGUUCAUAUUUUAAGCAAUCAUGUGAUUUUUUUUCUUAAAACUUUCACUACCAGAAGAGA